AACAGGAUGGUGGCUGCUGAAGGUAUAGGUGUACUCGUAAGGAGGGAGGGAAGUGGGAGAGAGGGAAGGGAGUUGUAAGGUGGUCUCUAAGGGAUGAGGAUUGGUAAAUGGGUGGUAAAGGAUAGAAGGGGAAAAGAAAAAGAGAAGGAGGAGGAGGAAGUGGUGGUUUCAGACUGCGGUCUGAGGUCCUCGUAAGCUCGUAUUGUUCGCGCAUGUCGUGCAAAUCCACACGCUCAUUACAUACAUAUGUAUAAACAAAUACAAAUACGUAAGUAAGGUAUACGUUUGUAUAUGUAUAUAUAUCAAGGUGAGUUAGUAUAUAUAUAAGUUGGUAAAGCGUCGGUACCACGAGUAAAGUGAAGGAACCGAGCGUCAGCGAGAAUUACCGAGCACUUCCGAGUACCGAUUCACCGCGAAACUUGAUUCGGCUCGAACGCAAGCAGCCGGUCAGUCUCUCGCUGACGCUCGGUGCGACGAGUACUGGUCGGAUUGGUUAUGGGCUGGAGAUUUCGUGUGUGCACCUAAAUCAUUAUUAUAUUAUAAAUAUUAUAUAAAUAAAAAUUGAGGAUAAUAACAUAAAAAGUUCUGCGUGGACAACUAAAUCGACCUUCUCCUCUUUCGAGGAGAGGGCGGAGGGCGGCAAGUCCUCCGCCUUGAAAGGUCUUACCCUCUCUAUUUAUCUUCUCUAUAUAUCAUUCUUUUCUGGGAGAGAUUCGUUCUUCUAAGGAAAAUCAUUACUGUCAAAAUGAAGUUCGUUCGAAGUAUCCUUCGAUGGUCAUGGAAAAUAAAAUGGAACCACGUGGAACAGCAACGGAACCUCGUGUUCUCCACACGAUUUCUUUUUAUCCUUCAUCUUCUUCUUACCGGUUGCAACGCAUCGUAUGAGAUGCAGGGACCGAGUUUUGUAUCUGAACCACCUUCUCGAGUCGAAUUUACCAAUGUGAACGGUGGUAGAGUGGACUGCACAGUCAGAGGGAAUCCAGCACCUACGGUGGAUUGGUUGGCCGCCGAUGGAGGCAGUAUAACUAACAUACCAGGCAUCAGACACAUUCUUGGGAACGGGACGAUUCACUUCCCUGGAUUCGAGGCCGAAGCUUUCCGACAGGACGUCCAUUGGGCCAUUUAUAGGUGCUCAGCCGCUAACAGUGUCGGCGCCGUCGUCAGCAGAGACGUCACUGUCAGAGCAGUGGUGAGCCAACCUUACGAUCCCGAAGUGCAAAGUCCAGCCACUUUCCUCGGCAACAAUGUACUUAUGCGUUGUAGUGUGCCCAGUUUUGUACGAGACCACGUCACCGUAACUUCCUGGUUUCAAGAACCAAGUUUCAACAUUUAUCCAACUCCGAUGAGCGAUGGCAAAUAUCACAUGCUUCCGAGCGGUGAACUGAUGAUAAUCAAUAUUACUCGACCGGAUGCACAAAUGACUUACCGUUGCAGAACUCAUCAUCGAUUGACCCAAGAAACGGUCGUCAGUAGCAGUGCUGGUCGGCCUCAAUUGACUGAACUCAGAGGUUCCGUGCCACCAAUAAUAAAUGAGAAGCUGGUUUACAAAUCUGCCAGAUUGAAAGAGACCAUAGUUAUACCAUGUGUAGCAUAUGCCAAUCCUACUCCGACAAACAGGUGGUAUUACAACAGGAAUCAAAGAGAAGAACCGAUCGAAGAUAGUUCCGGCCAUUAUAUCGUUCGAGAUGGUUCUUUAAUUAUACAAGGAGUCCAAGAAAAUGACGCUGGAUCAUACAUGUGCAUUGCUAGUAAUUCCGAAGGUACCGAGACCUUAGAAAUUAGAUUGACUGUUUCCGCACCUCUCAGUGUUCAUGUACAACCUGCUAUUCAAACGGUCGAUCUUGGAAAGCCUGCUCAUUUGACGUGCAGCGCAAGUGGAUUUCCACAGGCGGCACUCUACUGGUUGAAGGAUGGUCAGCCAUUGAGAACGGCCGGUCGCGUGAGCGUAGUUUCAAGGGAACGUAUCUCCGUGACGUCGGUUGCACGCGAAGAUCGGGGCAUGUACCAGUGCUUCGUCAGGAACGAAUACGAAAUGGCCCAAGGAAUCGCAGAAUUGCGGUUGGGUGAGAUCGCACCACAGCUAGUCUACAGGUUUAUCGAACAGACAAUGCAGACUGGUCCAUCGGUUUCUCUGAAAUGCAGCGCCGCGGGUAAUCCCACGCCGCAAAUUUCCUGGCUGCUAGAUGGAUUUCCUCUUCCACAAAACGACAGGCUUCUGAUUGGCCAAUACGUGACCGUGUACGGAGACGUAAUAUCCCACGUUAACAUCACAUCGGUUAAAUCAGAGGAUGGUGGAGAAUACGAGUGUACUGCCAGUAGUAGAGCAGGGGACUCGAAACACUCAGCAAGACUGAAUAUUUACGGAUUGCCAUAUGUCAGACCCAUGUCGACCGUCUCAGCGGUCGCUGGGAAGCAACUAUAUAUCAAAUGUCCUGUAGCUGGAUACCCCAUCGAAUCAAUAGUAUGGGAAAAAGGUAACGUAAAACUGCCAACUAAUAUGAGACAAAGAGUUGCGAAUGGUACUCUUUUCAUUGACACCGUACAACGUGCAGCUGAUCAAGGCACGUACACCUGCACUGCCAGAAACAAACAUAAUAUUACUUCACAACGAUCCGUCGAAAUUCGUGUUUUAGUGCCACCUAAAAUCACGCCUUUCAGUUUUGCUCGCGAUUUAAACGUAGGCGACCGUACUAGCAUACAGUGCGUAGUCGCUACUGGCGACCUGCCAUUAACAUUCACUUGGCUGAAAGAUAACGUCCCGAUAGAGACGAUCAGAACGACGUCGCAGGAGACGUCAUCUAACCGUGCUAACAACGGAGAGAACAUCGGUUCGUUAGCUAACAAGUCUCUUAAGAACGGCACCGGUUCCAAGAAAGGUACUACUGCCGCCGCCGCCUUAGCAGCAGCAGCAGCAGCAGCCGCGGCCCACGACCCGAGAAAGGCGAUAACCAUCCGGCAAAAUGACGCUUUUAUCAGCGCCCUGAGCAUUAGCACGAUCGCACCCGCGCACAAUGGCACGUACACCUGUCGCGUGACCAAUGGCGCGGCCACCGUCGCUCAUUCUGCACUCCUUCACGUCAACGUUCCACCGCGGAUCUCGCCGUUUUAUUUCGAAAACGGUCUGACGGAGGGGAUGAGGACACAGCUAAUGUGUACAGCGAGCCAGGGUGACCAGCCUUUCAACAUCACUUGGUUGAUGGAUGGCAAACCGAUUCAGGUCAGAGCAAGUGACGGUGGUGGUACAUCGACUGCCUCGGUGGUAGCUGUUCAGGCAACGAAGGUUCAGCCAAAUGGGCAAACGAAAAUUCAGCCCGUCGAAGCCGCCAUCGGCGUUAGCCACGUCGAGACGACGAACGCCGGCAUACAGAUAAGCGACUAUCCGCCGUUUUCCAGCAUCCUCACGAUAAAUAGCGUCAACGCUAAGCACAGUGGGAACUACACGUGCCAGAUCAGCAACGUCGCUGGCGUGGUCGAACAUACGACCGGUCUCUCCGUCGCUGUACCUCCGAGGUGGACCGUGGAACCUAUCGACCAGGAUGCCGUUGUAGGUUACGGCGUCUCCAUUGCUUGUCAAGCCGAAGGAUUCCCCAUUCCGACUGUGACUUGGAAGCAAUCUAUCGGUGAAACACCAGGCGACUAUAGGGAGCUAGGAUAUAGUGGUACGGAGGGAGCAGGGGUUGCCGAAAAUGGGUCCUUGGUGAUUCUACGAGUAUCAAGAGAUCAUGCCAGCUCCUAUCUAUGCCAAGCGAGCAACGGUAUUGGACCUGGCCUCAGCAAGCUCAUUCGCCUAACGGUUCAUGCGGGUCCUCAGGUGACAGUAAGGACGAGGCAUGAGUCGGUGAGAAGAGGAGAUAGCGUAACGCUACGAUGCGAAGCUGAAGGAGACUCUCCUCUUGAUCUGAGCUGGCGUGUUCGUGACAGUAGGGUCGAUCCUAAUUACGACGUUAGAUACAGCAUAGAAAAAAACGUAGUAGGCGGUCGAGUAUUAUCGGAAUUAAGAAUAAUUCAAGUCAGCCAUAUGGACCGUGGCGAUUAUAUUUGCGUUGCUGGCAAUGCUUAUGGUCGCGAUCAUGCUACAAUCCAUUUGCUCGUCCAAGAACCUCCAAACUUUCCGAGGAACGUGCACGUGGCAGAAAAAGGGAGCCGUUCGAUUCUCGUAGCUUGGUCGUCACCGCAAAGCGAUCAAGACGCGAGUCAUGCGAGUUCACCGAUCACAAAUUAUAUCGUACAAUACAAAGAAGCUCAGGAUGUGUGGCAUGAACACAACACGCAGAAGGUGGUAACAGGAGACAACACGGUCGCUCUGGUAUCGCCACUAAAACCCGCCACAUCCUACCACUUUCGAGUGCUUGCGGAAAAUCACCUUGGAACAUCAGCGCCAAGCGACAUCCUUCAUGCACAAACGGAAGGCGAGAUUCCAGGAGGGCCACCUAAGCACGUUUCCGUUGAACCAUUGGGACCGCAGCAACUAAAGAUCACCUGGCAACCACCAGAUCGAUCCCUUUGGAACGGCGAGCUUCACGGAUAUACCAUCAGCUAUACCAAUCUCGGAGGAGAUGAUCAAUCGGUGAAUACUACGCGAGUGGGUAUCACAGGAAACGGUGACGGUUCCUACGAUUACAGACUCACCGGUUUACGGAAAUACACUCAGUAUAGUAUAGUUGUGAAGGCAUUCAAUAACAAGGGAGAUGGACCUGGUUCUGAUGCUGUCAUGGCACAAACCUUUGAAGAUGUUCCAAGCGCGCCACCGCAGAACGUGGCUUGCACUGCUUUGACCGGGCAGAACAUCCAGGUGACCUGGAAACCACCACCUUCCGACAAAGUUCACGGGGUCGUGCAAGGAUACAAGCUCCUGUACGAAGCAGCCAGCGGCAUCGCCUCCGAAUCACAGACUGGUCGAGAAACGAAAAUCAGUCAUGCACUUAGCACAGUAUUGCAUGGUUUAAGUCCUUACACGAACUACACCGUUCAGGUCCUGGCAUAUACACGAGCUGGGGAAGGUGUCAGCAGCAGUCCUGUCUCUUGCACUACCGAGGAAACUGUUCCGGAUGCACCGGAACGUGUAAAAGCUGUAUCCAGUGGGGAAGAUUCGGUAGUCAUAUCUUGGCUACCACCUCGUAGACCAAACGGCGUUCUCACCAAAUACACCGUUUUUAUUCGAGUUUUGGAUCAAGGCCAGGAAGUAAAGAUCAGUAAGAAUCCAAUGUCUGCACAAAGCUUGCAUCAUGAGGUGACCGGUCUGAAGUUACGCGAAUCUUAUGAAGCUUGGGUCGUGGCCUCGACUAAAAUGGGCCAGGGUACUAACACUCCGGUCAUCAAACUUCAACCAAGCACUACUGUUCCAGCUGCAAUAAUAUCGUUCGGUAUUCCUAUCGUUGUACCAUGGAGAGUCGAUGUUAAUAUGGCGUGCCUCUCUGUUGGAAAUCCACGACCUACAGUCGAGUGGAGACGAGCUGACGUGAAGCUGCAUCAGAAAUAUGAUUUUGGUCCAGAUAAUACUUUGACUCUGAGGAACGUUCAAAGGAGUCACGAAGGUAAUUACUCCUGCCAUGUGAAGAAUUCUCUUGGGUCUGACGAGAUUACGUAUACAUUGCAAGUACAAGUUCCACCGACUCCGCCGACGCUUCUGGCAACCGGCACAACGACCGACGCCGUUCAGUUACAAUGGAAACAGGGAGACAACGGUGGUGCACCCAUUAAAGGAUUUCUCUUAGCUUAUCGUCGUGAAUUUGCUGAAUGGGAGGAAGUGCUGCUCGACCGAAGAGCCAGUACGCAUCUUCUCGAGGGUUUACAAUGUGGUACCAGGUAUCAGUUCACUCUCGCUGCCUUCAAUAAAAUCGGCAGCGGUAGUGCUAGCAAAAUUGAAACUGCUAAGACUAAUGGCUCAAAACCUAUACCACCUUCUAAGCAUCAUCUUAUCAAAGUUAAUCAAACCGCUGCGAGUUUAGAAUUAGCUUCCUGGCAAGACGGAGGCUGUCCGCUUCUUUAUUUUGUUGUGGAAUAUAAAAGACCACCUGGCGAUUGGUUGUUAGUUGAGAAUAAUUUACCAGCCCAAUUGAGAUAUACCAUCAAUAAUCUCGAGAGCGGAACGAACUACGAGCUUCGUGUGACAGCUUACAACAAUGCGGGAUCCACCCAAGCCGAGUACUUGUUCAGCACGCUGUCACAGAACGGCAACACCCGGCUGCACGAGGACCAACCCCAGGAAGCUGAAAAUACGCCCCUAUAUCUUGACGCUCACGUAUUGGCACCUAGUGUCAUCUCGGUUCUCGCUGUAAUCCUAGCCGUGGCCGGUGUUUGUUUUUGUUUGAAAACUCAUCCGGAAAGAUCAGGGGUCGUGAAUGAUCCAAAUUCACAAACACAGGUAGCUCUGGACAAUAAACAAAAUACCGAACAAAGGGAACAAUAUUACGCGACUGUAAGGAAACCUGGACAACAAUCACCACCCUGCCGUGAGGUGAGCGCCCUGAAACGCAUACCAGAAUAUCCUGAAGACAUUUAUCCGUACGCGACCUUCAAUGUGCCCGAGCAGGAAAAUCCAACGCGACAAGCAUUCUUCUACGAACGCAGCGAGACGAUGCUUCAGGGUGCUCAAAAUAAAAGAUUUCAGUGCGAUGUGGAUCAAUACACAAAAGUACGUGGUCGAGCACGUCGCAAAUCCAAAUCAUUCAAAUCGGAAUCCGAGGAAUACGACACGUUAGGUUCGGACAGCGACACCGAAGUUGGUACCAGUAGCCGCACCGAAUCAUCCAAUCAUCUAGACGAUUCCGGGCCAACGUCACUAAUGGCUAGAUCACCUGGACCAAACUCCGUCGGUCAGAGGGAACAACGACUAGCUUUGGUCCCGGUUCAUCAUAAUGUGCUGUACAUUUCGAGUACAUCAACGGAGCCGUCACCAAUUUCUGAGAGGAAGACUUUUCCCAGACUCGAAAAACAAAGAAGUCGAGGAGCAACACCGGAUAUCUCGAUCGAUGGACGUGUACCAGGGAUGCUGCGAGCCGUGAAACUCUCGGAAUCAGGAAUGCAUCCUUACUCGAGAGGCACGUCACCGAGUCACCCGAGUCACCCGAAUCGUCAAGGUUCCUGCGACCGAUUAGGGAAGGAACAGAAUUCGAGGAAAUCGGUGGAAUCCCUGUGUCUUCUCGAGGAACCAGGUUCUUCGAGGAUGAGCAGGAGGGACGAUGAUUGGGGCAGCGAGCUUUCAACAUUGGAAUUGAAACCACCAACGGGCUUCACGGAUGCUCACGAGACCAGCGAGGCCGAAUGCGACAUAGACAUGAAGUUAAGACUUCACAGGAAGAGAAACGCAUUAGCUUCUAACAGCUCGCUGUCUAAAUCGCCGAAGGACUUUACUAUUACUGUCUAAGUGUUAAUCAAAUAUCAAACUACAAUCGAAAAAAAGUAAAAUAAAAUAAAAUAAAAAAGAAGUAAA